AUGACGGCCGAGUACGAGCACAGUGACUUUCGGAAGCGAUCGCGUAGAACGAAGAGCGUAACGAGGGCGGAGGAGAUCAAAAAAGCGGAACAGAUGGUCCGCAGAUCGCAGCCUGACAAGCCAUGUCAUCGUCCUAGAGACAGUCUUUUUUCGUGGAGCUCUGGCUUUGACAACUUCACGGGAUUUGUCAACUGGGGCUUCCUACUGUUGGGCAUUGGCGGUAUCCGGUUACUGCUGGAAAAUUUCAUAAAAUAUGGAAUAAGAGUGGAUCCUAGACAAUGGUUUAUUUUCCUUAGCGGUAAAAGCGAUGGCGGUGAAGAAUAUCCCUCAUUGUUGCUGAUUUGUUAUUCCACCGUACCAGUGGCCCUUUGUCUGCUGAUCGAGAAAGGACUGUCUGUGAAUAUCAUAGCUCACGGCCCAGGGAUGGUGUUCCACGUCAUAAACCUCAUCGUGACGGUACUGAUGCCGAUGGUGGUCAUUCACGUGAAGGAUUCCGGAUUCAGUCUGGUUGGUGCGAUGUACGUGUGCAUGCUAUACGCUAUACUCUUUCUAAAGUUAUGGUCGUAUAUACAAGUGAACAUGUGGUGCCGUUUGAGUAGCCGAAAGAAAACCACGCAAGGCAGAAUGAGACGUCAGUUGUCCUACAGUAAUCUUCAAUCUUCCAGCAUUAAACAAAGUGCAAAUGAUGCCAAUGACUUUGAGCACAAGAUGAGCGAUCACGGAAAUACAUUGGUACAAUAUCCUGACAACUUAAACUUCGCCGAUCUUUAUUACUAUAUAUUGGCGCCUACUUUAUGCUAUGAAUUGAACUUUCCUAGAACGCAGCGGAUUCGUAAGAGGUUUCUUAUAAAACGAAUAUUGGAAGUCGUUGUAGGAUGCCAGGUAGUGAUGUCUCUUUUUCAACAGUGGAUGAUACCUUCCGUGAAAAAUUCAUUGAUUCCCUUUAGCAAUAUGGACGUAGCCAAGGCCUCCGAGCGUCUUCUCAAGUUAGCGAUACCGAAUCAUUUGGUGUGGCUUUGUUUCUUCUACUUGAUAUUUCAUUCUUUUUUCAACUUGAUGGGCGAGCUGCUGCAUUUCGCAGAUCGAAAUUUUUACUGCGACUGGUGGAACGCAAACAAUAUCGAUACAUUUUGGAGAACUUGGAACAUGCCGGUGCAUCGCUGGGCUGUGCGACAUCUCUAUAUUCCGAUUGUGGAGAUGGGCUAUAGUAAGACCACGGCGUCGGUGACCGUCUUCUUCAUCAGCGCUUUCUUCCAUGAAUAUCUCGUCAGUGUACCCUUGAAGACGUUCAAGAUAUGGGCUUUUAUGGGUAUGAUGGGACAGAUACCACUGUCGGUGUUGAGCAAGAUGGCGGAGCGAUACUGCGGCGCCAGAUGGGGCAACAUCGUCGUAUGGGCAAGCCUCAUCAUCGGGCAACCACUUUGUAUAAUGAUGUAUUACCACGAUUAUGUUGUAACUCAUUUUGGUGAGACUCUAAUCGAGGACUAUUCUGUGGUAUAAGGGAGAUAAAAGAAAUAAAAACGCGAAAACGGGAGAAGAACUUCUCAAAAAGAAGCUCGCGAGCAAUCUAUCGCUUUCUUUCGAGGUCAUCGAUUUUAUCAAUCGCGUAACUAUUCACUUGUAUUCUGGAAAAAAGUUCCUCGAAUCAUCGUCCUGAUGAUUUCUCUCUGAAAAUUCAAUAACGAUGAAUGUGCCUCAGGGUAUAUGUAUAAUUGUUCGCGUUGAAUAAAUGGUGCGUCACGAAUGAACGUUAAAACGAAACCAUAGUUUCGUGAUUGUUUGAAGGUACUAUUACAUGCAUUUAAUAAGUAUGUUAAUAUAUAAAUGUGCUAUAAAGUUGUAAAUAAUUCCCAGUCGAUUCGGUAUCAGAUGUAUAGCGGAAUUUAAUAAUUUUUGUACGGUAACUUCUUAAUCGCUUCCGCGACGUGGGUGGCACAACUAUUGUCAAAUAAAUAAAAUAUUUUUUGUAUGAGA